CACAAGUCACCACGUACGCGAGGUUAUAACAUUUUGUUUAUAAAUAGAACACAAUUGUACGAAUAUUACAAUAAAAAUCCGUUUUCGCAUGCAUUAAAUACCGAUUGUUACAUAAUUUAGCAAGUUCUGAAGGUCGAAAAAUAAACAGUGCUGUUUACAGAUUGUUAUAUCUCUGUAUUGUUAACAUUCGAAUAAUGGCUGUGAUUAUUACGAGGUUCUCGAAAUUAUUGCCGGCGAAUAUAUCGAGCAAUCUACGAUCGCUGUCGACGACCAGUUUAAAUAACGUCAAAGUAAGUUUCAACUGGGAGGACCCGCUAAAUUUGGAGAGCCAAUUGCAAGAUGAAGAAAAAGCGGUGAGAGAUUCUGUAAAAGCGUAUUGUAAUGAAAAACUUUUGCCCCGAGUUAUCGAAGCUAACAGAAAUGAAGUGUUUCAUAGAGAAAUUUACAAGGAAAUGGGUCAAAUUGGCAUUUUAGGAUGCACUAUCAAAGGGUACGAGUGUUCCGGAGUAAACAACGUCACGUACGGACUUAUCACGAGAGAAUUAGAUGGUGUAGACUCCUCCUAUAGAUCUGCGAUGAGUGUGCAGAGCAGCCUAGCGAUGGGAGCAAUAUACAUGUAUGGGUCGGAGGAGCAGAAGCAGAAAUAUAUUCCUAGGAUGGCCAAAGGAGAACUAGUCGGCUGUUUCGGCCUAACCGAACCUAACCAUGGAAGUGAUGCCGGGGCAUUGGUGACAAGAGCUAAGUACGACUCUAAAUCGAAGACAUACAAACUCACCGGCUCAAAAACCUGGAUCACGAACUCCCCUAUAGCUGACGUACUGAUCGUGUGGGCUAAAAACGAGGAGGAAAAAGUGAGAGGGUUCAUCGUGGAACGUGCGCAAGUAAAAAAAGGUCUGGAUACGCCGAAAAUAAACGGAAAGUUUUCGCUAAGAGCCUCCGCAACUGGAAUGAUAUUGUUGGACGACGUCAUUAUUCCCGAGGAGAAUAUAUUGCCGAACGUCGAAGGCAUGAGGGGACCCUUCGGAUGUCUCAAUAACGCUCGCUACGGCAUAGCCUGGGGCGUUCUCGGUGCGGCCGAAUCGUGUUUGCGGAUAGCCAGACAAUACACAUUAGACAGAAAACAAUUCGGGAAACCGCUCGCUUCGAAUCAAUUGAUACAGAAGAAGCUAGCCGACAUGGUAACGGAUAUAAGCCUCGGCCUGCAGGCGUGUUUACAAGUUGGUAGACUGAAGGACCAGAAUAUGGCCGCGCAAGAAAUGAUCUCGAUGAUGAAGAGGAAUAACUGUGGAAAGGCUUUGGAAAUUGCUCGAGUGGCGAGGGAUAUGUUGGGUGGGAAUGGUGUUUCUGAUGAGUACCAUGUUAUCCGCCAUGUUAUGAACCUAGAAGCUGUUAAUACUUAUGAGGGAACUCAUGACAUUCAUGCGUUGAUACUGGGUCGUGCGAUAACCGGAAUUCAUGCUUUCUUUUAAGAUAAAUGCUAUUUUUAUUGCAUUAUCACAAUUUACAAGAGUUCAGGCAACUAUAAUGCACAUUGUUUAUUGCAUUUAGAUUACAUGUAAAUUAUAUUGUAAAUAUUUAAAUAUAGAUGGCCGAAUUAAAAUCCAGUUUUUCCUGUUAUUAUCAAGUUUAGGUAUUUGUAAACUAAAAACUGUUAUUUUUAAGUAAGUAAGUCAUUUUCAAGCAUUUACAUUUAAGACCGGGUUGCCAAUUUUGCAGUGUUUUCUAAUAAGUAUUACGAUCCCGGAA